AUGGCCCCGUCGCCCCUAGCCAUGAGCCCUCGCGACCUGCUGCCCCUAACCGCGGCCCCGGUGCCCUGUUGCAACAUGGUGGGUGAGGGGGUGGCAAGACGGGCAGAGGGGGGGAGGGGAUCUGCAGCACCCCCCCCCCCCCCCCCCCCCCCCCCUCCUCAUCCUUCUCCUACCUCCCCCUGCUGCGGGUGCAGCAGUGGGGGGGAAGGGAUCUGCCAUCCCCCUGCUGCGGAUGCGGCAGUGGGGGGAGUGGACCUGCAGCACCUGCCCCCCCUGCCCCCCCCCUUCUCCUCCAUCUCUCUGCUGCUGGUGCAGCAGUGGGGGGAGAGUAUGGGAGUGGCGGGGGAUCUGCAGCUCCAGCCCCCCCCCCCCCUUCUCCUCCGUCUCUCUGCUGCAGGUGCAGCAGUGGGGGAGGGUAUGGGGGUGGCGGGUGUGGCCAACCUGCUGUCGCCCGAGCGGCUCCUGCACCGCCCCUUCUCCUACCUCCCCCCUGCUGCGGGUGCAGCAGUGGGGGGGGAGGGGAUCUGCGGCACCAGCCCCCCCCCCUUCUCCUACCUCCCCCUGCUGCAGCAGUGGGGGGGAGGGGAUCUGCAGCAACCCCCCCCCCCCCCCCCCCCCCCUCUCCCCCUUCUCCUCCAUCCCCUGCUGCAGGAUAUGGCAAGGGAGGAAGGGCCCACUGCACCUAAAGAGGUGGUGAACAAUGCUGCUGAGAUUGACCUCAAUCAAGAUGAGACAAUGGCUGACCUUGAGUUGGAUGAUGUUGAGGACUUGGACCUGGACCUUGGAGAUGAGGCUGAGAACCAUGGUGAAGCUGAGAACCAUGGUGAAGCUGAGAACCAUGGUGAAGCUGAGAACCAUGGUGAAGCUGAGAAUCAUGGUGAAGCUGAGAACCAUGGUGAGGCUGACAACCUUGGGGAAGAGGAUAACACCGAUGGAAAGGAGGCCUCUGGUGAUGAAAAUGACUUCACUGAGGGUGAAGGCAUGACUUAUCCUAUCUCCGAGGAGAUUGUCCAACUCCAGGCUAAGGUGGCAACUCAGAAUAUCACCAUCCUGCAGUAG